AACAAGCACCACAAACAACACGAAUUAACAAUACAUAAUAAAACAAGUGGGAAAGUUCCAGUCGGCUAUUCUUGAUCAGCAGAUACCCUACCGAAUGUUAAAUACCCUCACUCAUUAUGAUGUGCUGAGCGUGGCUUUCUUUCAGUAUACGUUCGAAGCUAACGGAGAGAUGUCAGAAAUUCAACUUAGUGAGCUUGUUUUCGGAGAGCAAAUUGGAAGAGGCUCCUUUGGAUCCGUCUUCAAAGGCACCUAUAAUGGCGAUGUGGUUGCUAUUAAAACCGUAGAGGAGACAACUGAGAGGAAGGAUAUUGAACGCGAGGUAAUUUAUCUGGCAAUGGUCGAUCAUAGGAACAUCAUCAAAUUAAAGGGUAUAGCGACCGAAAACAUGAAAACCCACCUAAUUAUGGAAUAUGCAGAAGGCGGAUCCUUGUGGUCCCUCUUACACGAAAGCAAGACACCAUAUACACUUGCACAAGGUAUAAGCUGGUUACGUCAGGCUGCGGAGGGACUCGCUUAUCUACAUCGGCUAUCAGAGAGAUCAGUGAUUCAUCGUGAUGUGAAGCCUCUCAAUAUGUUGCUAGACGGCACAAGAAGCACUUUGAAACUUUGCGAUUUCGGGUUUGUCAGAAAUGUGCAAACCCUAAUGACAAGUAGACUGGGUACUUGCUUGUAUAUGGCACCCGAGGUUUUCAAUGGUCAGCGAUAUACUGAGAAAUGUGAUGUUUUUAGCAUGGGCAUUACAAUCUGGGAAGUUCUGUCGCGUAAGAUGCCGUACUAUGAACAAGAUGACCUUAAACCUAUUGAACUCUUAAGACAUAUUAAUGAUCACGAGUUACGGCCCUCACUAAAAGAUCUAAUUUUUGAAUGUCCUGAACAAAUACAAACUCUGAUGCAAGAAUGUUGGGAUAAGAACCCCGAGAAGCGUCCCUCUAUGCAGGGUAUUGUGGAAACCUUAAAACAGUUCUAAGCAACUUUCAGGAGUUGACAGUAAUAACUAAAACAUUUAAUCCAUAUGUAUGAGCUAUUCAAAUAUGAAUUUAUGUACCCUAGUGGACUAAGGUAAAGUCUAUGUGGAUCACUUUUUAAAGUCUGUCUAUAAAAACAUUUAUGGUCCACAAAACAAUACAAAUACAAACAAGUAAGACAAGGGACAUACCCUGAACCCUC